CCAGCCAGCCGGAAGUGACGCGCGGAGGCGGAAGCGCGCUCCCUGGAGUGACAGUGCGCAUCAAACGGAUCGGAGCUGCGGCAGAACCGGGACAGAAGCAACAGAACCUUCGGAACCAGGCUGGAAAGCAGCGCAUUAAAGCGGAAGCGGAAAGAGCGCGCGCGGCUGCAGCUGCGGGACUCAGCAGCAACCAUGGUGGGAGAGCGCCGCAACGGGAACCUGCUGGUCCAGCUGGACCCCAAGCUGCAGGCGUACCCAGAGGAACUGAUCCGCCAGCGCCGAACCCACGACGGUCAGAUGGAGUGCCUGAUCCGCUGGUGCCUCGUCUCCAUCGACGACGGGACCGGCUCUGGGGGCGGGUCCAGCGAGGCGAGCGGCGCCGGCGGCGGGGGUUCCAGUGUGGGCGGCACCGGCGGGUCCACGUCUGGAGAAGCCAAACCUGAGAACAUCCUGAUGUGGAUGACGAUGGAGGACGUGUACGCCAACUGCCCCACGCUGCUGGGCAAGAGGAAGGCCGACCCACAGCGCCCCCCGCAGGAGCAGGCGCCGGACCGGGCGGCGCAGGGCGGCGCCGAGUUCCCGGCCGACGGCACCUUUGAUGAGGUGGAGCUGUCUGACAUGAAGCAGGACGUGAAGAACCUGGUGUGCCGCGCCCGGAAGCAGAUGGCCAAGAAGAGGGACUUCUCCAUGAACAUCAUGCACACCAUCCACGUCCUGAGCGCCUACGCCAGCAUCGGCUCGCUGGUCGGCGUCUUCAAGGAGACCGGCGCCCUCAACCUGCUCAUGGAGCUGCUCUGCAACAAGGAGACGCAGACCCGCCGAAGCGCCGGCAAGAUGCUGCGAGCGCUGGCCUCGCACGAUGCAGGCAGCCGGGCGUACGUUCUGCUGUCGCUCAGCCAGCAGGACGGGAUCGAGCAGCACAUGGACUUUGACAACCGCUUCACUCUGCUGGAGCUGUUCGCUGAGACCACCUCCUCUGAGGAGCACGGCAUCUCCUUCGACGGCAUCCACCUGCCCCAGAUCCCAGGGAAGUUGCUGUUCUCUCUGGUGAAGCGCUACCUGUGUGUCACGUCUCUGAUGGAUAGACUGAACACUGCGGGGGCGGAGACUUCCUCUGAUAGACCGGACGGAAGCCCCGCCCCCUCCUCAUCUGGCCCCACCCACCAACCCGAGCUGCUGCGCCUCCACAGAGAGUUCGACUUUACCAUGGCCAUGGCCAACCUGAUCUCGGAGCUGGUCCGAGUGAUGGGCUGGGACCGCAACCGGAAGCUGCCGGAGGACGCCGCUCACCUCCCAGGAGGGGGCGGUCCCUGUGGAGAGGAGCAGGGCGAGGAGGCGUGUCAUCCGGUCCUCAGGUCAAUCUUCCAGCCCCGGUUCUGCGCCCCAUCCGUCUCCCUCUCUGCCGGGUCCCCGAUCACUGCGCCCGCAUCCACACCAACGAAGAAGAAACCAGGAAACGGCUUCAAGGCGCGGUCGGACUUCACCAGCCGCUCCGCCUACGUAGAGUACGUCCAGGACAACUUGAAGAGCGGCAUGACGGUGCGCAUGCUGGAGGACUAUGAAGAAGUGAGCGCCGGGGACGAAGGGGAGUUCCGCUACAGUAACGACGGGUCGCCGCCUGUCCAGGUGUACUGGAACUCCCUGUCCAGAACCUACUGGGUCCACUGGCACAUGGUGGAGAUCCUGGACAGCGGGAGCAGCAGGACUGAGAAGGACUCACAGGAGAAGGCCUCCUCUUUGGCCGAGACCCUCAAACUCACAGCAGUUAGCCAGACCUUCUUCUCCAAGCCUCCCGGCGGUCUCUACUCGCUGCCGUACCUGACAGACGAGCCGCAGAGCGAGCCGGCGGCCCUGAGCAGAGCUGAAUGGUGGGAGGUGCUGUUCUUCAUCAAGAAGCUGGAGCCCAAACAGCAGCAGGAGGUGAACGGCCUCCUGCUGCAGAGCCUAGAUGAGCAGGAGGUGGAGCCAGACGACUCGUCGCUCAUCGACCUGUCCAUCCGCGGAGACGUAGCCAAGAAGCUGCUGCACUACCUGAAGCAGAACCUGCCGUCGUCGUGUCUGAGCGACCUCCUCUGCUCCCACACCUUCUCCAAGCACUACCUGAGGAGAGGAGGAGGAAGCCUGGAGGACGAAGAGCUGCUGGGUGAGGACACGUCCGCCACCUCUUUGCUGUUCCGUCCACAGCAGCGUGUGACUGGGCUUUGCUCUGCAGCAGAGAGCUCCCUGACUCCACCUACUCCGGGAGGAGGAACGCAGAGCUUUGCCUCCUCUUCCUCGGCAAAGGGCUCCGUCUCCAAGAAGGCCAAGAAGGACGUUCCUCAAGAGUUAGGCAGCUCAGAGACAGAGAGCGAGCUGCCAGAGGAAGACGACAGCAAAUACCCCGACGACCUGGAGGACAAGAUGAAAGUUUUCAACAAUCCCCGAGUGCAGGGGAAGAAGAGCGUACUGGAGAAGCUGGGGGAGGUGGUGGACAUCCUGAAGAAGGGAGGGGCUUCAGACCCCGCCCAGCAUCUAGCCGCCGUCCUCUUCCUCACCCGGCUGUUGGAGGACAGGAGCUCUCAGGAGAAGAACUCCAUGAGGAGCGACUAUGCCCAGACCGUACGAGACAAGGUGCUGAAGCUUUUGGUGGAGCUGCUGGGAUCCUCCUCCAGAGACGUGGUGGUGAGCACCCUCAGACUGACCCACCUGCUCAUGCUGAGGUACGAGUGGAGGGUCAGCUUUGCCACUGAGGGAGGAGUGAAAGCCGUGCUCUCCUGCAUGCAGGAGUUCUCCACCGUGGCGCAUGUCCUCCAGCUGGCGCUGGCGACUCUGAAGGUCAUUACUGGCGCCAGUAAACACGACCUGCGCAGCGUCGGCAGCAGCCCCCCGCUCCCAGAGUCAGGAACCCAGAUGAUGUUGGAGAUCUUCGCCAGCAUUGGCUCUGCCACACCAGAAGGCUCCAGAGGCCUGCUGAGCGCCAUCCCUUCUGCCAUCGACGUCAUGCUGAAGACCCAAGGCUGCAUGCUGUCGGUGCGGAACGGGCUGCUCGUUAUCAUCAUGCUCAUCGCCAACCACAAGAGCCUGGCAGAGCAGCUGGUGGACUGUGGCGUCAGUGCCGUGCUCAAGAAGUGUCUGACGCUGUCCAGAGCGGAGACCAUGCUGGCCAUCAUCGCCCUCAACCACAUCUCCAUGGUGCACAAGCUGGAGAGCAAAGAGUGUCAGGAACAGCUGGACUUUAAGGGAACGGAGCUGCAGAUGCUGGUGGUGAGUCUUAAGGAGCUAACGGUGACCAAAGAGGUGAUCCAGACUCUGGAGCAGCUGCUCUGUGACGACACCACUCAGCUGGAGGAGGAGCGCAGACAGGUGACGCACAGUCGGGACACCUACCAGGACCUGGUCCGUCUGAUGGAGCAGCAUAGAGCUGACCGGGCCGUCCAGCUCUCCAUUCUGCAGAUCCUCAACAAGUUCCUGGACAACUACCAGGAGGACAUGCUGCCAUGGCACGAGAGCAUUGAGCCGUGCCUGUCCACCAUGACGGCGUUCAUCAAUGACAGAGAGGUGGUGCAGCUGUUCAUCCGCUUUCUGUACCGUCUGGCCUCUCUUAACAAAGACUAUGCUGUGGUCAUGUGCCGCCUGGGGACCAAAGAGGCUCUGGUGAAGGCUUUGGACAAACACAGCACCAACCUGCUGCUGGUCACUGAGCUCAGAGACCUCAUCGGCGACUGUGAGAAGUACGCCAGCCUCUACAAGAAGAUGACCACCAGCGUACUGGCAGGAUGCAUCCAGAUGGUGCUGGGACAGAUUGAGGAACAUCGCCGCAGCCACCAGCCAAUCAACAUUCCCUUCUUUGACGUCUUCCUGAGGAACCUCUGCCAAGGCUCCAGUGUGGAGCUAAAGGAGGAUAAAUGCUGGGAGAAGGUGGAGGUGUCGUCCAAUCACCACAGAGCCAACAAGCUGACCGACAAGAACCCCAAGACUUACUGGGAGUCUAAUGGCUGCACUGGAUCCCACUUCAUCAACAUCUACAUGCACAAAGGCGUGGUCAUCAGACAACUUGCUAUCCUGGUGGCUAGUGAGGAUUCUAGCUACAUGCCGGCCCGGAUAGUGGUUCUGGGUGGGGAUGACCCGGCCUACAUCAGCACAGAGCUCAACACGGUCAACGUCCCGGCCUCCGCCAGCCGCGUGGUUCUUUUGGAGAACAUGACCCGUUUCUGGUCCAUCAUCCAGAUCCGAAUCAAACGAUGCCAGCAGGGCGGCAUCGACACUCGGGUCCACGGCUUCGAGGUGCUGGGUCCAAAGCCCACCUUCUGGCCCGUGUUUAAGGAGCAGCUGUGCCGGCGUACUUACCUGUUCUACAGCACCAAGGCCCACACCUGGUGUCAGGAGGUGGUGGAAGACAAGGCUCAGCUGCUGCAGCUCUUCAACAAGCUGAAGAGUGCGCUGAGGCACGAGCAGAUGUUUGCAGACCGGUUCCUGCCGGACGCCGAGGCAGCCGAGGCCCUGGGCCGGACCUGCUGGGAGGCCUUGAUUAGCCCCAUCGUCCUCAGCAUCACCCAGUCAGAAUCCUCCGUAUGCAGCCCGCUCUCCUGGCUGCUCAGCGAGUACCUGGACAACGCAGAGUCGGCCCGCCGCUGUAAGGGCCGGGCGGCCAUCUUUAACUCCAGAGUGAGGCGUCUCACCCACCUCCUGGUCCACGUGGACACCAGCGCGCCUGAUGACGAGGAGCUCAAACCACCUGUAAAGUCCAAAGGUCUGAACAGGAGCAAAGAGCUGAAGAAUGGGAAGGAGGGCAAAAACAAAGAUGGCCCCACCGCCUCUUCCUCUUCCUCAUCUUCCUCGGUCAAGCCCAAAGUGAGGAGCAGCAGCAGCAUCGCAGGCAUCGCCCUCUGUUGGCAGGGGGUGGUGCAGCAGCAGGUGAAAAGGUUCCUGGAGUCCAGCUGCAGUCUGCCGGACUUUGUGGAGCGCUAUCGGACUCUGUACCUGCGGCUGAAGAGCGCCAUGGAGGAGCUGUUUGGGCAGCAGACCGCCUUCAUCCUCGCUCUGCGGCACGGCUUCUCCGCCGCGCUGCUGCAGCUCUCCAUCCUGAAGGCCAUGCAUGUCAGCGAGCGCUUUGCUCAGUAUAUCGAUCAGAUGAUCCAGGCCAGUAGGGCGCCCCCUGGUGGAGUGGCCACUCUGGAGCGGCUGCAGCAGUUUCUGGAGCCGAUGCUCUUCCUGUCGGGCCUGGAGCUCGCCAACACCUUCGAACACUUCUACAGGUACUACCUGGGGGACCGGCUGCUGGCCCAGGGCAACGUAUGGCUGGAGAGCGCCGUCAUCGCUCAGAUCGGCAGCUGCUUCCCGAGUCGCUUCCCUCAGCAGAUGCUGAAGAACCUGAGCGAGUCGGCUGAGCUGCAGCAGGAGUUCCAUCUUUACCGCCUCCAGCAGCUGGACCGCCAGCUGCAGGAAGAGGACCAGAUUCAGGAAGACUGGAUGGAGUCAGAGGAGGAGGCUGAGGUCCAAGUCCUGGUUCUGUCGCCACGAUGCUGGGCCGUAUCCUCGCUCUGCUUCCUGGAAGAACCAGCCAAGCAUUUUCCAGCCGACCUUUGCUCCUACCUGAACCACUUUACCCAGUUCUACACCCACAGUCAGUCCAUGUACAGCCUGAGUCACUCGAAGCCUCGGCGGCUGCAGUGGACCUGGCUCGGUCACGCCGAGCUGCAGAUGGGCAGCUGGACGCUGCACGUCUCCACGCUGCAGAUGUUCAUCCUGCUGCAGUUCAACAGUCUGGAGGAUGUCAGAGUCCAAGAUCUGCUGCAGGAGAGCGGACUGUCCACUGCCGUCCUGCUGCACGCCCUGCAGCCGCUCAUCAGCGAGGGAGGACCGCUGACCUGCAGCCCUGCGGACGAGCCCGCCGCAGGUCAGCUUUUCUCCUCUUCGUCCCCCCAUCAUGUCUGUCCCCUCUCUAACCCCCUCCCGUCCUCAGGUGUGCUCCGGCUGAACCAGGAGGUGCUGACCCGCAGUGUGCAGGGCGACACGGUGACGCAGCUGCUGCCCAGGCAGACGUACCUGAAUGUGGACGAAGACGCUGCGGGGACGUUGGAGAGGAAGAGGAACUUCAUCUACUGUCUGAUCGUUAACAUCAUGAAGCAGGAGAAGGAGAUGCACAUCGAUAACCUGGUCUUUAAGGUCCUGGACUCGUGUCAGAAGCAGGAGGCGUCUCGGCCCGCGGGCGCCGGCCGAUUCGCCUGCAGCACCGGCGACGUGCUGUCCUGCAUCAUGCAUGUCAUCAACAAAGGCUGCGUCCGACGCAACGAGGACAACCCUCACAUCGUGGAGUUUGUCCCCGAGGACCCGUCCACGCCCAGGAAAGGCCACGCCCAGUUCUCCUUCGUUCGCUCCGACUCCACGAAGGACGCCGCCACCACAGACAGCAUGGCUGACAUCAGUUUGGUACCAGCACCACAGGGUUUGGAGGACGGGGUUCUGGACUCUGUUCUGGACUCGGUUCUGCUCUCCAUGGGUCGGACCAUGAACCAGGAGGAGGUCCGGCAGCUGAUGCAGAGGACAGUGCAGCAGGUCGCGGCCACCCUCAGUCUGGACUUGGACCGGGCCGAGCACCUCCUGAUCCACUGUAAGUGGAACGUAGACCUGCUGGUUCAGCGCUACACCGACGACCCAGACGCCAUCAUCCUGGCUGCCGGGCUGACCUGCAGGAACCCCCAGCCUCCGCCCGGCCCCGCCUCCACCUGCCCCGUGUGUCUGGGCUCCGGAAGCGGCGGCGCGGAGCCCGUCCUGACUCUCAGCUGCAUGCACUACUGCUGCCGGUCGUGUUGGCAGGAGUACCUGACGGCCCGGAUCGAGCAGAACCUGGUGAUGAGCUGCAACUGUCCAAUCACAGACUGCCAGGCUCAGCCCACCUCCCACUUCUUCCUCAGCAUCCUGACCGACAAGGACACCGUCGCCAAGUAUGAGAGUGCCUUGCUCAGAGGCUACGUGGAGAGCUGCUCCAACCUGACCUGGUGCACCAACCCUCUGGGCUGCGACCAGAUCCUCUGCAAGGAGAACAUGGGCAGCAUGGGGACCUGCUCCAAGUGCUGCUGGUCCUCCUGCUUCAGCUGCAACUUCCCAGAGGCUCACUACCCGGCCAGCUGCAGCCACAUGUCUCAGUGGAUGGACGACGGCGGCUUCUACGAAGGUAUGAGCGUGGAGGCCCAGAGCAAACACCUGGCCAAGCUCAUCUCCAAGCGCUGCCCCAGCUGCCAGGCCCAGAUCGAGAAGAACGAGGGCUGCCUGCAUAUGACCUGUGCCAAAUGUAACCACGGCUUCUGCUGGCGCUGCCUGAAACCAUGGAAGCCCACUCACAAAGAUUACUACAACUGCUCCGCCAUGGUGAGCAAAGCUGCUCGGCAGGAGAAGAAGUUCCAGGACUACAACGAUAGGUGCACCUUCCACCACCAGGCCAAGGAUUUUGCCGUCGGCCUGGAGAACAAAGUGUCGUCCAUCAACGAAGCUCUGCAGAUGAAGUCGCUCACCUUCGUCAUCGACGCCUGCAAAGUCCUGGCUCAGGCGAGGAAGGUGCUGGCCUACUCCUGUGUCUACAGCUACUAUAACCAGGAAACGGAGAAGAUGGACGUGAUGGAGCAGCAGACGGAGGCUCUGGACCUUCACACCAACGCCCUGCAGAUCCUGCUGGAGGAGACUCUGCUGCAGUGCACUGACCUGGCCUCCUGCGUGCGGCUGCUGAAACCAGAACAUCUCAACACGGGCCUGGAACUGAUCCGCCGCAUCCAGGAGCGCCUGCUGGCCAUCCUGCAGCACUCUACCCAGGACUUCAGGGUCGGGUACCAGUCCAAAGGCAGCCAGGAACCCGAGUCCACCCAGGCCUCCAGCCUGUCCAACAACACGGACGCCAACAAAGUGUCCAAGUCCAACCGCGGGUCGGACUCUGGAGACUCAGACCAUAACACCUUCAGCUGUGAGGAAGGUGGCGAGGAGGCGGAGGAUGAUGAGUAUGAUGAAGAGUAUGUCCCAGAGUGGCACGAGGACUACGAUGAAGACGACAUCGACGAGGAUGACUUCUUUUCUGAUGACGACGAGUCUGAGAACUUGGAACGGGACUUCAGCCCGUUUGUCUGAACCGGGUCAGGACAGAAAGAUGAAGCCCCGCCCCCUUCAUAGCCAUGUGAUGUCCUCUGAGGACGCCAGAUGGCGGACAGUCCACCUGCUGUCCUCCACCACCCCACACCAAACCCCUUCGCUGCACCUGCUUUCACUUUCUGAUUCUGUUCUCUUUAGGCCAAAGUUUGGGACAGAACCAGCUCUGACUUCACUUCCUGUUCCUGAAACUUUGUUUCCAACUGUUUUUGUCUGUUUGCAGCAUUCAAAAGGGAUUUGAAUCAACCGCAAUCUGAACCAGUUAAACUAGUUUAACAUCUGAAACAGUAGAAUGCAGCCAGUCUAAACAGGAUUAAAUCUAAAACCAGUUUCCUCUUGUAUGAUCCAGUGAAAACAGAUCUAUAGGCAUUUGGAAGCAGUCUAAACAGACCUGAAACUAGUUUACACCCUGAAACCACUUUCUAAAUGGACAAAUCUGGUUUAAAACCAGUAUAGAUGAUUGAAACCAGUUUAACUCCAGUCUGAAAAUACUUGGACCCAUUAAAGAAGUGCGAUGCCCAUAGAAAUCUGUUCUGAACUGAUGUGAACCAGACCGGAUCCAGUUUCCUCUGGUCUGAUUCUGUUCUGCAUCGUUCGGUUCUCACUUGUUCUGUUGGACUGGACUUGCCUGGUUCCAGGUUCUUCCGCGGUCCGGUUCUGACGGACGCUGGCACCUUCUCUAACUCCUCCCAUCUAGAUUCAGAGUUUUGUACGUGUUGGAAGAGCUGGAUGUUUCUAUGCACAGGAACCUGCUCGGUUCUGUCAGACCAGUUUUUGGCUCGCCGUUCUGGAGUCGGCGUUCCAGCUCCUUAUUUUGCUGUAAUUUUGAGAGAUCAUAUAUUCAUAUUGUUGAGAUUCUAUAACGUUUUUCUGUUUUCUUCAGUCAGCAAACGAAAUAAAAGCUUUUUCUGCGACGCUG